CUGCGCGCUGCUGCUGCUGCUGUCCUCCGCCCUGCUCCGCCGCGGCUGCUGGGCGCGCUUCGCUGCCGAGCCGGACUCGGAGGAGGACGGAGAGGAACUGGUGGCGUUCCCCGAGUCGCCCUUGCAGAGCCCCACGGUGCUCGUGGCUAUCCUCGCCCGCAAUGCCGCUCACACGCUGCCUCACUUCCUCGGCUGCCUGGAGCGGCUGGACUACCCCAAGAACAGGAUGGCCAUCUGGGCAGCCACCGAUCACAAUGUGGAUAACACGACAGAGAUACUCAGGGAGUGGCUGAGAAACGUCCAGAGGCAGUAUCACUACGUGGAGUGGAGGCCGAUGGAUGCCCCCGAGUCUUACCCUGAUGAAAUCGGACCAAAGCACUGGCCAAGUUCCCGGUUUGCCCAUGUCAUGAAACUGCGACAAGCAGCCCUUCGAACUGCGAGGGAAAAAUGGUCAGACUACAUCCUGUUCAUAGAUGUCGACAAUUUCCUGACGAAUCCGCAGACCCUGACCCUGAUGAUUGCAGAGAACAAAACCAUUGUGGCCCCCAUGCUGGAGUCCCGAGGCCUGUACUCUAACUUCUGGUGUGGGAUCACACCUCAGGGCUUCUAUAAGCGGACACCGGACUACCUUCAGAUUAGAGAGUGGAAGAGGAUGGGCUGCUUCCCCGUCCCCAUGGUCCACUCCACCUUCCUGAUUGACCUCAGGAAAGAAGCCUCCACCAAGCUGGCUUUCUACCCCCCACACCAGGACUACACCUGGACCUUUGAUGACAUCAUCGUUUUUGCCUUCUCCAGCAGGCAAGCAGGCAUCCAGAUGUACCUCUGCAACAAGGAGCACUAUGGCUACCUGCCCAUUCCUCUGAAGCCCCAUCAGACACUGCAGGAAGACAUCGAGAACCUCAUCCAUGUGCAGAUAGAAGCAAUGAUUGACCGACCUCCAAUAGAACCUUCCCCGUUUGUGUCAGUUGUCCCGAAGUAUCCAGACAAGAUGGGAUUUGAUGAGAUCUUCAUGAUCAACCUCAAACGCAGGAAGGACCGGCGUGACAGGAUGCUGCGCACGCUCUAUGAACAGGAGAUUGAGGUCAAGAUCGUGGAGGCCGUGGAUGGGAAGGCUCUCAACACAAGCCAGCUGAAGGCCUGGAACAUUGAGAUGCUACCAGGCUACCGUGAUCCCUACUCCUCCAGGCCUUUAACGCGGGGUGAAAUUGGCUGCUUCCUUAGUCACUUCUCUGUCUGGAAAGAGGUUAUUGACCGGGACCUGGAGAAGACGCUCGUCAUCGAGGACGAUGUGCGCUUUGAGCACCAGUUUAAGAAGAAGCUCAUGAAGCUGAUGGAUGACAUUGACAAGGCUCAGCUGGACUGGGAACUGAUUUACAUCGGCAGGAAAAGAAUGCAAGUCAAAGAGCCAGAGAAAGCGGUGCCCAAUGUUGUAAAUCUGGUUGAAGCUGACUACUCCUACUGGACACUGGGCUACGCCAUCUCUUUGGAAGGAGCACAGAAGCUUGUUGGAGCGGAUCCCUUUGGGAAGAUGCUGCCAGUGGAUGAGUUUCUGCCAAUCAUGUACAACAAGCAUCCGGUAGCCGAGUACAAGGAGUUUUACAAAUCCAGAGACUUGAAAGCUUUCUCCGUGGAGCCCUUGCUCAUCUACCCCACGCACUACACGGGCCAGCCUGGCUAUCUGAGCGACACAGAAACGUCCACCAUCUGGGACAACGAGACAGUGGCCACUGACUGGGACAGGACACAUUCCUGGAAGUCCCGGAAGCAAGGACACAUCCACAGCAAGAACACAGAAGCACUGCCGCCGCCGACUUCUCUGGACACUGCGCCUUCAAGGGACGAGCUCUGAAAGCUCCUGGGAGCAGUGUCUACAUGGUUCACCACUGAAUGGCUUUUCUGAAGGGAUGCUCUUGUUUCUUCCAGGUUUUUUGUUUGUUGAUUGGUUGGGUUUUUUUUUUUUUAAGAGAGAUGAUUGUCAUCUAAUCAAAGUGAUUUUCAUGUGAUUGAUAAAUUAAUAUACUUUAAAUAGUGAAGAACAGAGAAAUUAGAACCCAAAUUCCCUGGGAUACCUUUACUGGAAUGGCCAAGUUAAACCUCAGUCCAAAUGCCCAGUUCUGCUCACUAGCCAUAGAAUGCUGUUUGCCACACAGAUGUGGCAACGGUUCAUAUUCUUGUCCAAGAGAUGGCACCACCAAGCGGUCACAGCAGUAAGUGGGCAGUCAAUGCAGACAAGCCUUUGGACCUGGUUACUUAUCUGAGUGGUCCAUUUUAUGUGACAGAUGUGACCCUGAGAAUGUCAAGUCAUCUAAACUACACUUAUUGGUCUAUUUUAUGUGACCUUGAACAUUGGCCUAUGUAACAAAUGCCUGGGAGUGGGGAAAUCAAAUCAUUAAUUUGGCUUUUAUUGAAAGGAGCUCUGUCAUGAACCUACUACAAAGUGGGUGCUUCCCUUCUUGGCCUCCUUAUCCGAUGGAAUGAGUAGCUGGCUUGGGCUGGGAUGUGGCUCUUGACUAUCAUGGCAGCUAGAUCUCUCAGUAAAACGUCUAGUUUCCAUGUGGCUAUGAUAUUUAGAUAUUUAUGAGGGGAAUGUCUUAGUCUUUGGCAUUUUUAUUGUGGCUUCUUGAGUCCAAUAUGUACUAUUUAUAAAGAAAACGGUAAUAUAUACGAGGUAAGCAAUGGGGCGAUUCCAGCUCUGUGUGGGGGUCCCUCCCUGCUCCAGCCCCUCCCGCCCUUUGCAUCACUCCCUUCCCUGGGAAUGAGCUGCAGGUGUGACUUUAAUAUGUCACUGUUAAGAGGCAGAACACAUUCCAGGCUCACAAUCGCCCUCGUCUUGGAUUGUCAUUGUAUUCUGGAUUAUUUAUUUUACAAAUUUGUAAAACAAAAACAAAACAAAACAAAAAACAAAAACAUUGUAGGAUGAGGCAGAGAAACCGGUGUCCCAGGCUCUCAUCCCAUGUUGGGGGACUGCAGUGGAGCGAGGUGGGUCCGAUCAUCUGAGUUUUCUGGAUUUCUCAGCAGGGUCUUUGCAGGGAAGAGCACUGGUGAAAGAGGCUAGCGCUAAAUUAUUCUCCAGGGAGUGCGGGAGGCCUUGAUCCAGACAAUAGGUUUAAGUUGACGAUCUGUAACUCUUCCAAGUCAAAAAAUCUUAGACACCCUUUCUCAAAAGAUGGCCCCUACACGCCUUCCUAAUUUCUUCAUAGACUGAUUUUAUAUCAGAUGCAACGUCGGACUGUGUCAUGGUGCCCAGACUCACAGUCGUGUCUGAGAGCAUCUGGCUUCACCUCAGCCACCUGGUUGUGGCGGCCUUCUCUACCAGCUGGUCAGCUGGAGCUGAGAAGCCAAGAAGCCAGGCUUAGUCAGCUCCAGUUUACUUCUUCUCCUUUAGAACAAAGCAAGAGCGCUGGAGAGCUCGUGAGAAACCUUAGGCAAUCCCUGGGCCUCCUUGGGUGUUUGGUAUUUUGUCUCUAAUCUGAAUGUGCGUGAGUGUGCCUGGCUUUAACUGUGUUGUUUUUUUUUUAUUUUUGUUUUCUAGAGGGUGGAAGGUGCGCUAGGAGUGGGGAGAGACUGGGUUGCUUUUGUGGUGUUCUUGUUGUUGUUGUUGUUAUUGUUGUUUUAAUGGAGAACCUUGCCCUGUCAGCUGGUCUGAUGGAUUUAAGACUUUCCAUUUUUAAAAGACAUUGGGUUUCACUUCUAGAAUUUUAGGUUAGGACCUUUCUGACUGUGAAUAAAGAUCUGUCUGUUUGU